AUGCUUAGCUGCGGCGCCGUGUCAGAGGGCAAAGGUGGCCCCUGUGUGGGCUCUUUGUCUGAGGCCACUAACGAUGUUGACAAUCAUCAUUUUGAGGGCGUUGAAAAGGACGCUGGGAAGCACCUGGUCUUUCCUGCUGCUUCUGAUGUGGAGGCUGAAGGGCAGGACGAGGCGCUAGCGGCACUUGAAAGUCCAGAUGAAACCAGCUGCAACAGCGAGGCAGAGAACAGUUCCUUCUCCGCAGGCGACCCCGACGUUGCCUUCUUCGACGUGGUGCCCUCUUGUGCUGCUGAUUGGUGCUUUCAUUCGGAGUGCAGCCAGGAGCCGACAGAUCCUCUGGCAGGAGCGCCUCCAGCUGGAAGCCGGACAGAUUCGACGCGUGCAACAACGCAGCAGCACAUGGGGCCCGCUAGCUCUCACUCCGAAAACUUCCCAUCGGAUCAAAAAGUGAUUCUCACUUCUUCAGAUAAGCUGCAAGUAGGCGAGGCCUCCCAGGACUUGAGCGAGAAGGCACACGACACACACAAAGGGGAACUGGGCCUUGUGACUGCGGCCGAGCCUGCAAGGCUGGUGGGUGCAGCCCUGCCCCCUACGCCAUGUGAAAAGCAAAGAGGCCUAUCGACACUUAGUGAUUCGCUAGAGUCUGAGGCAGGCAGAAUAGGGGAAGCAGCCGGAGGAAGACCAGACACAGGAGCUGAGGCAAUCGCAAAUGCAACAGAACGGCAGCGGGGCACUCAGGUUGACAGCGUAGCGGAUCCAGCAAUGCGAGAAUAUUUAUCGGCGGCAUUGAAACGAGAUACUUUCAGGCACCUACUCGGCAGCAUUCGCGGUGCCAUCUCGCAGAAUCCUCAUAUCUUCGGCUCUUAUAAAACUCCAUCGUCCUCACCUCGCGAGUUUCCUCAAAAGCCUGGCGCUGGUCUUGGCCCCUCAGACAACAUGCCGUCUGCGGAGUCCGUAGUUGGGGCGAGGACAAGUACUGUAGACGAUUGCAAAAGGCUUGAUGUCGUGGGCAGUGAGUUUCUAGCCUCUCUUCCUGAGGAAAAACUAGAGGAAGAGAGAGAAGCAGAUUCUGAGCUUAUAGAAGCUCUGCUGCCUCCAGAGAUCCCCGUGGACCUGGCCUUUUGCCGCGCACACCCCCGCAUUGCAGUGUCGUGGCUGGUGCACUCGCAAGUGAUGGACAUGGCAUGCAGCUCUGAUUCUCGGGCUGCACUCAAGCCCCAAUCCCGCAAGACUCCGUCUACAAAGACAAAGCAACUCAGGCUGGACCCGCACACGGAGGCACAGCUUGCGUGUCUUGUGCCACCCAGAGCCUUGACAGACCCUCUUUCUGCUGCGGGGGGCCCCCUGGCCCAUGUAACGAAUCCGACAAGGGAGACCCUGAGGCUGGGCCUAGGGAAAUUGGUGACUCGCAUGGACGCUGAGGGCCGAGAAGCUCUUAGGGCCCUCACCCGCGCAUGGUAUUACGCAGGAGCAUUUAGCUCUCAGAUGUAG